AUGGAACCCGGGCUCCGCAGGCGGGCGGGGAGCAGGGCGGGGCGGGGAGCGCCAAGAAAGGCCGGCACAUUGGCGACACUCCCUGAGCCGCCCAGCCGCCCGCUGGUGCCGCCACUGGGAGCGGGGCGGGAGUGGGGUGGGCCUGGGGCGCCGAGUGGCGAGCGGGGGCCAGGGGGCGGGCCGCGCGGCGGUGAGAAAAGCGCCGGCCUGAGGGCCAGCCGCCGGGCCGCCUGGGUGAGCGUGCCGAGGCGGCUGCGGCGCAGGCUUCCAGGCCCCACCAUGCUGUGGCCCCUGCUGUUGCCCCCGCUGCUGUUGCUGGCCGUGACCGGGGCCCAGACGACCCGGCCCUGCUUCCCUGGGUGCCAGUGUGAGGUGGACACCUUUGGCCUCUUUGACAGCUUCAGCCUGACACGAGUGGAUUGCAGCGGCCUGGGCCCCCACAUUGUGCCCGUGCCCAUCCCCCUGGACACAGCCCACUUGGACCUGUCCUCCAACCGGCUGGAGAUGGUGAACGAGUCGGUGCUGGCAGGGCCAGGCUAUACCACACUGGCUGGGCUAGAUCUCAGCCACAACCUGCUCAUCAGCAUCUCCCCCACCACCUUCUCCCGCCUCCGCUACCUGGAGUCGCUCGACCUCAGCCACAAUGGCCUGGCAGCCCUGCCAGCCGAGAGCUUCGCCAGCUCACCCCUGAGUGACGUGAACCUUAGCCACAACCAGCUUCGUGAGGUCUCCGUGUCCGCCUUCACUACCCACAGCCAGGGCAGGGCACUGCACGUGGACCUCUCCCACAACCUCAUUCACCACCUCGUGCCCCACCCUCCACAGUCCGGCCUGCCCACACCUGCCAUCCAGAGCUUGAACCUGGCCUGGAACCGGCUCCACACCGUGCCCAACCUUCGAGACUUGCCCCUGCGCUACCUCAGCCUGGACGGGAACCCGCUGGCUACCAUCGGCCCAGGUGCCUUUGCAGGCCUGGCUGACCUUACACACCUGUCACUGAGCAGCCUGCAGGGUCUCCGCCAGCUGGCGCCUUAUGGGUUCUGUGAACUGCCGGGCCUGCAGGUCCUGGACCUGUCAGGCAACCCCACGCUCAAGUGGGCAGGAGCUGAGGUGUUCUCAGGCCUGGACUCCCUGCAGGAACUGGACUUGUCGGGCACAGGCCUGGUGCCCCUGCCUGAGAUGCUGCUUCAGCACCUCCCAGCGCUGCAGCGCCUCAGCAUGGGCCAAGAUGUGCAGUGCCGGCGCCUGGUGCGGGAGGGCACCUACCCCCGGCAGCCUGGCUCCAGCUCCAAGGUAGCCCUGCACUGCGUAGACACCCGGGAAUCUGCAGCCAGGGGCGCCAACACUUUGUGA